UAGAGGGUGGGCCUCAUUAGCUCCAGGCUAUCGUAUCCCCGUGUAGAGAGGCAGCCCAGAGCUGCGGGCCUUGAUGGCUUUGCCUUACUCCUGGGCCAUCUGGCUAACCUGAACUUCAGUUCUCCUUCAGCACCACUAGAAAACCUUACUGGAUAGCUCUGCCCAGAGCCCUCAGCCUUCCGUGGAACACCAACCGCUGAUGGUUAAUAGAGACUUGAUUGGACCUGGGAAGAACUAAGAGACUCUGGCCUGUGAGCAGCGAGCUAACUGCAGAUCCACGCCUGCCCAGCUCCCUACAGUUGCGCCAUGUCUGGCCCCUACGAUGAGGCCUCGGAGGAGAUCACAGAUAGCUUCUGGGAGGUGGGGAACUACAAGCGGACGGUGAAGCGCAUCGACGAUGGGCACCGCUUGUGCAACGACCUCAUGAGCUGCGUGCAGGAGCGCGCCAAGAUCGAGAAGGCAUACGCGCAGCAGCUCACCGACUGGGCCAAGCGCUGGCGCCAGCUCAUCGAGAAAGGUCCCCAGUAUGGCAGCCUGGAGCGGGCCUGGGGCGCCAUGAUGACUGAGGCAGACAAAGUCAGCGAGCUGCACCAGGAGGUGAAGAACAGCCUACUGAACGAGGACCUGGAGAAAGUCAAGAACUGGCAGAAGGAUGCCUACCACAAGCAGAUCAUGGGCGGCUUCAAGGAGACGAAGGAGGCGGAGGAUGGCUUCCGAAAGGCUCAGAAGCCCUGGGCUAAGAAGAUGAAGGAGCUGGAGGCAGCCAAGAAGGCCUAUCACUUGGCUUGCAAGGAGGAGAAGUUGGCCAUGACCCGGGAGAUGAACAGUAAGACGGAGCAGUCGGUCACCCCUGAACAGCAGAAGAAACUUGUGGAUAAAGUGGACAAAUGCAGGCAGGAUGUACAAAAGACUCAGGAGAAGUAUGAGAAGGUGCUGGAAGAUGUGGGCAAGACCACACCGCAGUACAUGGAGGGUAUGGAGCAGGUGUUCGAGCAGUGCCAGCAGUUUGAGGAGAAGCGGCUGGUCUUCCUGAAGGAAGUCCUGCUAGAUAUCAAACGGCAUCUCAACCUAGCGGAGAACAGCAGCUACAUUCACGUCUAUCGAGAACUGGAGCAGGCCAUCCGAGGGGCCGAUGCCCAGGAGGACCUCAGGUGGUUCCGUAGCACCAGUGGCCCCGGGAUGCCCAUGAACUGGCCGCAGUUCGAGGAGUGGAACCCAGACCUCCCCCACACCGCUGCCAAGAAGGAGAAACAGCCUAAGAAGGCAGAGGGGGCCGCCCUGAGCAAUGCCACUGGGGCUGUAGAAUCUACAUCCCAGGCUGGGGACCGUGGCAGUGUCAGCAGCUAUGACCGAGGCCAAGCGUAUGCCACCGAGUGGUCAGACGAUGAGAGCGGAAACCCCUUUGGGGGGAACGAGACCAAUGGUGGCGCCAACCCCUUCGAGGACGAUGCCAAGGGAGUUCGUGUACGGGCACUCUAUGACUACGACGGUCAGGAGCAGGAUGAGCUCAGCUUCAAGGCCGGAGACGAGCUCACCAAGCUCGGAGAGGAGGACGAACAGGGUUGGUGCCGCGGGCGGCUGGACAGCGGGCAGCUGGGCCUCUAUCCUGCCAACUACGUUGAGGCUAUAUAGCUACUUUGCCCACCCGCCUCCUCUCACUCCUUGUCCACCGCCUUCUGCCCUUCCCCUCCCCUCGCCAUAGAGUUCCAGACAUAUUUUCCGAUCAAGCUUUUAUUUUUUUAAAAGUCAAAACAGAACAAAAAAAGAAGAAAUAUGAAGAGACAGCGUUUGCAGCCUACCUGGAGGCCAGGGGAGUGGGGCUUAGGAUGAUGGCCCCCUCCCCAGCGUGGGCAAGGAUCUUGGGACUUAACCCAAUGUCACAUCUGGUCUACAGAGUCCACCAAAGAGUCUCCUGAGUCUUGAGGGAGAUCUUCUGGAUCCUUCUACCCUGUCUCGCUCUCCUGUCCCACCCCAGCUGCCAGCAGCUACCCUUGUCACCUGAGCCUGGCUUCCUAAACUCUCCUUCAAUCCCGCCUUCUCUUAAAGGGCCCCCAAUCUUUAGUCUUCCACUCUGCCCUGGGGGUGCUCUUUUCCUCCCAGCCCUGGACCAGUAAGGCUUAGGGAGAAACUGUCCCCUUUCUCUGUGGAGGGUUCUGGGGGGGGCGGUAUCUCUUCGCUUCCCCAGAAUUGAAAGCAGGUGAGCAGGAGGGAGUCAUGGCAUCCCUGGCACACAAGGGAGGAAGAGGGAGAACAGACCAUCUGUCUAGGCUGUGCCAACACUCCCAAUGCCAAGCCCAUUUUGAGGGGUGACAACCCUAGCUGGGUCCGUGGACAGAGGUAUCCUCCUCAGAACCACUGAGCAUCAUGCAGAGACCCUGCCUGUCUCCUAAGACCUUGGCACUGGGCAAAGCCUUCUCCCCCGAAGCCCAGGGCAAAGCCAGCAACAGUAGCAACCCCCUCCCUUUACCUGGGGAAGAGGCAUUUGGCAAACCGUCCCCCUCCCCUCCAUGGUCAUUCAGAGAUGCCCCAGCCUCCCAGUCACUGUGUUAACAUCAGCCUUUGUGAGACCAAUCUACAAGGCUCUCACCUGGCCAACCAAGGAGGUUCAGGGGCUUAGGGGAACAGCCAGGUCUCCCAUGUGGCCCUCCCGGGGAGAUACCAAGCUCAGGGGAGCAUCCAGCUUGGCACUGUAAGGAGAUGCUAGCAGCAGGCUGGCACGAGGAACGAACUGUGGAUGGCCACCAUUUCUUUCUUCCUUGACCUGUUAGUCCCCAACAUUCUCCCUGAAUGCUGGCAGCCCCCCUCGCUCCCAUUUCUCUAAGCCCGAGUCUCCCUUAAAGGACUCUGGGGGUGGGAGGGGACACAGGGCCCUUGCUUGCGGUUGGCAAGUAGGUGGUAGGCUCUCCCUUGGGUGGGCGGGGUGGGAAACAAGACAGGUUGGCUAAGACCUCCUAUAGCAGAAAGUGGCCAGAGGCUGUCUCUCUUGGACCUUUGCUAGGCCUCUGGUCUACGGACACCCUCUGCCUCCCGGAUCAGGUGGGCUUUCGGGCCUCCAGGAUAGAUAGAGUAUACCGCCCACAUUCUCCAGGACCCUUUAGCUCCCUGCUGCUUCUCCCAAUACUGUUAGGUCAUGGACCCAAGCACUGGGGCUCUGACCCCCACACCCCCGUCUCUUGAGUAUGGCUGUGGCAGGGGCUUCUGUUGGGUCAGUCCUCCCUCAGGGCCAGGAGUGGAAACAUGGCACCCCAGGGACAGGGUUGUUAGUACCCACUUCCUUGUCACUGUUUGCCCUAGGGGCUUCAGCUGCAGCCCAGGUUGGGUCCUCGGCCCCUUAGAACCAGAAGCAGGAUUCAACACCCCUUUCUCCGCAGCUCCUCCUGCCUCCCUGGAGGGCAGUCGUUCUCCAGCCCUCACCUUAGCCCUCACCUCAGAAAGACAAGAAGCCGCUAUAUUUGCACCUUGGGGCCUGGGCUCCCCCUCUCUGCGCCAGCGGUUUCCCAGCACCUGGGGAGGGGCUGUGGCCCUGACUGGACCCCAGGCCCAGCCCACUCAGUAUACUGGCUGCCCACUCUUGGGCAGGGACUGGAAAAUCCAUCCCUUAAGAACAACCACCUUCAAGAACCCCAUCUGGGACCAGAUUUGGUCCUCAAAUUCCUCAGCACCCCAGUGCAGGAGGGUCCCCCUCCGGAAGUCCCCAGACCCCCGAGCCGAGCCCCACCUGUUAUUGCUGGUGUCGGGGCACCUCAACCUUGGGCUGGGCCACACCCUUCACCGUGUCCAUACCCCUACCUGUAUUCCCCAGGGGCCCCUUGAUGCUGCACGGGACCCUGCAGGGCUCGGUCAGUGAUGUGUUUCGUCCCCAGUUAGCCACCAUCCUGCGGCCCGGUUCCAGGAGGAGCCAAGGUUGCCGUAUCACCCACCACCACUGCGUCUGCCGCCCUAGGCUUUCUGACAUUAGUUCCGACACUUGUGAAACUCCGAGACGUGCUGUGGUCUCAGCGAUGCACCUGUUUUGUACAUGAUUGUGUAAUUUAAAGGUAUAUAAAUACAAAUAUAUAUAUCUAUAUAUAUAUAUAUAUAUAUAUCAGUUGUGACCGUACGGCUGUCGAUAAAACCAGAAUUCUGUCACCA